AUGUUCAAUUUAUUAAGAUUUAAAAAUGUUUUAGUAAAUAAUAGAUUAUGUAUAUAUAGAUCAGCAUCAUUUGCUUUAAAUAGAAAUAUAUCAUUUAGUAAUAUUACACUUUCAUCAUCAGUAUCUACACCAUCACAAUCAUCAUCAUCACAAUCAUCUUCAACACAAUCAUCUCCAAUUUCAAAGAAUAAAAAUGUACAACAUCAAUUUCAACAACAACUAAUAACAACAACCAUACAACCAAAAGAACCUGUAUUCAAAUUUGAAGAAAUAGAAAGAACUCUUAGAUCUGAAGCUAAUAUAAAUGGUGUUCUUCAUGUUUUACAAAAGAUGUUUGAUGAUGAUUUUUCAUUUACAAGAGAUUAUAUAACAGGCGUAAUUACUUUACAGGAUAACUUGAUGAAAGACUUUAAAUAUUUCAAGGAUAUUAAAGUUAUCAAUAUGUUCAUUUCAUAUUAUGUAAAGGUGAAUCAUAUCAAAGGUUUAGAGUCAUUGGUCAACUUUAUCAAUAAGCAUUGGAUUCACUACACUUUCGAUACGUACAGGAUGUUGAUUGACUACUUUUUGCAAACGAAAAACGACUUUGUCACUGCCGAAAAAAUGUUGAAUUUGAUGUUGAACGACAAGACCAUCGACCGAUCGAUGUUAAAUUCAACAACGGUCGAUUUGUUCAAACAGCGAAUAUUGUUGCAUCAAGACAGAUUAUCAGAGGCAGAGUCUAUCUUCUUGGGAAACACCAGUAAGGACGUUAGAUUUUUCCAUACUUUUUUGGUGGAAGGCUAUCUCAAGAAGCAGCGAUACGACCACCUCUAUAUAUUCUUCUCGACACACAUCGCCACCCAACGCAAGGAGCUAACCGUUCAAUUGAUCAAUGGUGUCGGUGGACGUCUCUCAACACUGGUCAUCUACAACGAUCUCAUGGGCAAUCAAGCAUUCGUCCAAUUGAUUCUUAAAAGUCUGCAAUCCAUCGAUAAGCGAUCAGUUCUAUACAAUCGUGUAGUGAUGUCCUACCUUUUGCUCGGUCUCUAUUCACAUGCAGCCACUUGGUACAGCAAGAGAAUCGAAUCUCGCAUUGCACCCGAUGGAUUCCUUUACACUUUGUUUAGACAGUACCACUCGAAAUACGACAGUCUAGUGCAGUACCGACAGCUACUCGAUCAACAUUUCAUCAAGCUAAAGACCUGUUUCGAUUUGGAUUUCAGCGCAAAGGAGAGAUUCCAAGAGGAAAUGACAUCGUUCAAUCCGAGUGCCGAUCUCAUGCCGGUUGGAAGCGCAAUGGGUCAAAACGAGCUGCUACUAAGAACCAUCGAGAAUCUGGUUGUCAAUGAAAUCGAUGACAAUACAAUACUUGGCAAGCUAAAGUUGGAGGAAAAGACUGUGGAGGAAAUGGUCAGCCAAGUUCGACACUACUUUGAUUUGUUCAAUGCUGCGCUCAUCUCAACACAUCACCCGAAAGCUCUUUUGAUUCUCAUGUUGAUGAUUCAGAGUAAAUCGAAUCAAUCCUACUUGGAGCUCUACAAGAUUGCACCGGCACCUCUCAGACAGAUUCUCUUCCUGCCACAGGCAUUCGAGUAUGCCAUAAAGAACGAACCAAACAUGGUUCAAUACAUCCGUGAUUACGUACAUCCAACCAUCUAUUGUAAUUCCAACAUAUUUGCCAAUGCAUUCUUGAUCCGAUUGCUCCGUGACAAUGAAAUGGAGAUGGCACAGGAGAUGAUGUUGAACUUUAUCAAGAGAAAGAUGUUUUUGGUGAUAGAAUCUGUCGAUACCAUGGCAAUCAAGUUGACCGAUCAUAAAAUCAUCAAUCAACAACUCUCGUCUACUCUUAUGAUGAUGUAUCCUUCCAACCCAAAUCUAGAAUGCUACAACAUCUAUUGUAAUAUCGCUAGUGGCGAUUACCAGAAUGCCUACAAAUGCUAUUUGGAUUCUACCAAGAUACAACGAACCUACGCUUUCGGUAUGGAACUCUUCCUGCUGAUGAACAAACCCAGCUCCACUCUUGAGUCACUCGACAAGUUCCUCAAUAUCACCUCCAAGAAGGUAUCGUUCUACUCACAGUAUUUCCAGAUGCUCAUAGACCGAGGCCAUUCAAAGUUGGUCAGAGAAUACUGCCAGAGCAACGUGCCACUACUCAACAUCCGAUCACAACUCAACUAUGAGUGCGUUUCAAUUUUCUUUGACCUGGUGGAUGUCGAUCAAAAGGUUCAGCUAUUCAAGACUCUUCCAAGUUUAGAGGAAAAGAUCUACAAAGAGAUUCAAGAGAUCAACAAAACACGUAAUGAUCCAUGGAUAACAGAAUACUUGGCCAAAAACAAACCAUGGGAAAAGAGAAAUACUCUACCACCACUUUCAUCGGAGGAAAUGAAAUUUAUAAGAGAAACCUAUAUGGACCCAAAGAAAUUGGUAAUCACAACAAGAGCUAAUAGAGAAAAAUAA